CUGUAAAUUCCUAAUUAAAAGCAAGGAAUUAAUAUGCUCAUAAAAUCGCGAGAAGCAUCCUUCGCGGAUUUUAAAAUCUCGCCAUUAUUUUCUGAGAGUUGAAAACUAUAAGAUAUAAGGAGAAAAGUUCAACCUUUGUGAUUUUAUAUUCUAGCAAAUUGAUACAAACCAGUGGGAUCGCAGAAUUAAGUACUCGCGUAAUAUAAGGAAUUUACAGUAUCACAUUGUUUAUCUAGGUCAGCACAGAUUAAAUAUUUGUGUUUUGGAUAAAAUUGGACACCUAUUUAAGACAAUAAUGUCGAAAAUGUUACUGAAUCAACUUAAUCUUACAAUGUACAAACAAAUACUGAGUCACAAAAUUACAAAGUGGUUAUUUCCUUCCUUUUUAACUAUCUCUGAUGAUGACAAAUUUUGCUCUAUGUUAAACUUUGUUUUUAAACAUUAAAACGAACAUUGAUUAAUAUAGCAUACAAGAAAGAUUAAAAAUAGGGUUUUUAUUGUUUUAUGUGAGGCAAUUACUUAUUUAAUCGUAUGCAUUUUGUAAAUGUGUAUUAAACGGUAAAACCAUUCUUUACAUCUCAGAUCUUUAAAUUAUAAGAAAAAUACCUUUAAUCUAAAGUCUACGAUCAGAACAAUAUUUUCCGUUUUUUCCGACUCUAAAUUUUCUACUUUUUGAACCACCUAUAGUGAGUGAUCUCAUAAGUUAAACCCGGAAUAUAGAAGUUGAGAAAAUGAUUUGACAGCGGGUUAGUGUUAUAAGAUCUCUCCAUUCCUCCUGGGUCUAGAAACCUCCAGUUACUGAUAUAGCUGUUGCUGAAGACAUACAAAUAUGUCUGAUCCAAAGCACACCGAACCAUUGAAAUCUUCAGCAUCCAAAGGAAAAGUUAAAGUAAAAAUGAAAAAACACCAAAAGAAUUCAGGGUCAUCAGAUACUCUGCCCAAACGACGGAAACUAGAUACCGACGAUGGGAGGCCAGCUGGGUCAUCAACUGCUGAAGUAGAAACUGAAGCUCAACCUUCCUAUCAGUCAGAAAAUACAGGGAAAACAAAUAAGCGCAAUCUUGAGAAGGGAAAUGUUGAGUCUGUGAAUAAAGUUCCCAGGUUAGACGACGAUUCUGAGAAUUCUGAUAAUGACUAUCAAGGCCUGGAUGAACCUCCCAUUCGACAGAAGCUAAUAAACAUUCUAAGGCAAUAUCCAGAUGGACCUCAGAUUAUCAGGGAAUUGGUACAAAAUGCAGAAGACGCUGAUGCAAGUGAAUUUAAGGUCAUGUUGUAUACAGAAGACAAUGUGGGUGAACGUGGAUAUAACCUGAAGUACCAAAAAAUGUUUAUGGGUCCAGCAUUGUGUGCCUUUAAUGAUAGUGUAUUUAAGGAGCAAGAUUGGAAAGGCAUCAAAAGCAUCUACACAAGUGUCAAAGAAACCGAUGCUUUGAAAAUAGGAAGAUUUGGGUUGGGAUUCAAGUCUGUUUUUCAUUUGACAGACACGCCUCUGAUAUUGAGUGGAGACAAGUUGUUGAUAAUCAACCCUACAGAGGAAUCUCACCGAGUUUGCCACAAUGUGACCUUGACACAACUGACCUCCAAAUAUGAGAAAACACUUUGGCCAGUGUUGAAACAGGUCUUUAAAAUGGAUGGGAAAGGCACUUUUGGAUUUGAUAGGUCCUCAGUAGAGAAGAAAUAUUAUAAGGGUACUUUGUUUUGGUUCCCAUUGAGGCGAGCUCCAUCGUCACUUCUGGACAAAGUCUAUUCACCACAGAGAAUGAAAGAACUCAUGGUUUCUUUUAGGAAGGAGGCAGACACUAUUCUCUUGUUUCUGCAAAAUAUUGACACUAUUACCAUCAUAGAGAAUCAAAGUCAGGUUUUGUAUGAGGUGACUGUCAAGAACUAUGGCACAACUCAACAAGAAUUUUUAAAAUGCAGAAAGCAGAUAAAUGAUCGAUUAAAAAAACUAGGGACUAAAUUCCCAGAAGAAUCCAUAAGUGUCACUUAUAAUGCUCAGCUGGUCACCCACAAUGUCAAAGAAAAGCAGAAAAAAUCCACUACAUACAAAAUUGUAAAUUAUCACCAAGGAAAAAAAGAAAUGUUGUCCACUCUGUGGGAUCUAUCUAAAGAUGGAGAAAAUGUUCCACGAGUUGGCGUUGCAUAUCCUAUGCAGCUUGACAAGACAUUUGUUGCUCAUGUGUUUUGUUUCCUGCCUUUACCCUUGACCUCUACCAGUCUUACCAAUUUACCUGUGCAUGUGAAUGGAUUUUUCAACCUUGACCCUUCAAGAGACCAUGUAAUGCAGGCCACAGAAGGUCAAGUUGGAGAAAAAGACAAAAACAUACAAUGGAAUGAACUACUGAUCCAGGAAGUGAUACCGAAAGCUUAUGUAAAGUUGAUUGAGGAUUUACUUACAAAAGGAACGAACGCCGAAAUAAUAUAUAGGUGUUUACCUGAUAUAGAAAAGGUUCAAAGUGAUUUAUGGAAGCGUCUGCUGCCACCUGUACUCAGAAUGGCUCUCCAAAUGAAUAUCUUUCAAACAGAGAAGGCCCAAAAGACAUGGGUUAAUAUAGAGAAUGCUGUAUUCAAUGUGUUUGUUGAAGAAGAAAGAAUGGCUGACCAGGAAAUAAAGAACACAGUGAUUGGUCUAAUAAAAGAUUACAAUAAAAACUUAGUUAUGCUACCAGAACAUCUGAAAACACUAGUAAUGUCAUGGCCCAAAUACAACAUCAUUUCAAGUGUUUGUCCAACACUCAUCAACAGUGAAUAUAUAGCCAGUCUAAUGAACAAUGAUUCACUGUACAGAAAGAUGUGCAGAAAAAACAAAAUACAGCUUUUAGAUUAUUUUCUGACAUAUGCAGAGCUUGAAUCUUACAAGAAAUUGAAAUUGAUACCAACAAAUGAUGAAAGCUUUUUUCUGUCUUUAACAUCUGAUGAUCCAAUUUACUUGUGCUCGGAGGAAGAGGCGUUUUUAUUUCCAAACCUAGAGAGACAACUGCUUUGUGAUUUAUCAGAUGAAAUGAAGAGAAGACUGCUAGAACUUCGUUGCGGGAAUACAAAGAAUUGGUCCCCUGAACAUUUUGUACCACUACUGAGGCAAUCUACUGAUGUUGAAAAAUCUUCAAAGCUGGAUCUAGAGGCAAAGAAAAAAUGGAUUAAAAAAGUAUGGACCUUUUUAUCAGAGACAGAAAAUAAACAUUUGAUUGAACAAAUUGAAUCGUGUCCAGUUUUAUUAGCAAAAGAGGAUAUAAAAACCAGUCCCAGCCUCCAUGUCUUAAAGAAAAACCACAUCCUUACCAAGACAAGUCAUAAGCAGCAGAGUCUAACAGGAGAGGUGAAAGAGGUGUUGAAAUGUUGUGGGGUAAAGCUGCUAGAGAAAACAUUUUUCCUUCCCGAUUUUGUGAUGGCAAAGUAUGUCGCACAGCCAACAGUGAAAGAUGUUUGCAUGGUUCUGGAGAAGACUUUCCAAGAAAACCCAUCGAACAUAAUCAAGCUCAAUAAUCUUCCAGCAAGCGUAAGAAAGGAGUUUGCUAUUUUUAUUGGAGAAUAUAGAUCUCACUAUGAUAAAAUGUCAGAGGACUUUAAAAAAUGGCUGAGGAAAUUAAAAUUGUUCCCACUGUCCAAUGCAUAUGUUUCUUCAAGCCUUUAUGCAGUUGAAAACGUUGCUGGUAUUGCACCACGUCAUAUGAAAGAGUUCCCAGUCAGAUAUAAUGUUCUGUUGCUUGAUAGGGAUUUUAAAGGCAUUUCUCUUGCACGUGAGUUGGGAUGUCAAGAAUUUCUGAAACAAAUAUUGAUCAAAGAAACACUUCAAAGGGUGAGAGACAACAAGUACGAAUCUAAUGAGGUGACUUUGUUUAUGAAAUAUUUCAUGGACAAUCUAAAUGAUGGCACUCCUGCAGAACAGAUUGAAAUAGCUUCUAAAGUUCCUUUUAUUGAGAAUGGAGUUGGAAAAUUGAAAGCCCCAUCAGACCUGUUUGAUCGCACUAAAGGUAAACUAAAGGACCUUUUUUGGGGAGAGGAAGGGUCAUAUUUUCCAAAGGAUUGGAGCAAUUCAACCUUGAUGGGAAAGUUGCAGAAGUUGAAAAUCAAAUCUGAUAAAUGCAUAACCUUCCAGGAUUUGAUUAACACGGUGCAUUUCAUUGAAAACACAAGUGAAAAUUUGAAUGAUUUAUAUCUUAAAAAAAAGGUGAGAGCCAUUUUCAGGUAUUUUAAAGAUUUAUCACAGAGUGCAAAAUCCAAGUUUGUCGAGAAAGUAAAAGGAAAACGAUGGAUACCAGUGAUGAAAGAGAAAGCUAAAUCGUAUCCGAAGUUAAUGAAAUGGAAGGGAAAAGAUGCAAGGGUUUGUAAACCUUUUGAAGCAUGUUUACAAAAGGAUCACUUACUUGUAGGGUCUGUAUGUUAUGUGUCCAAUUGUGUUGACCAAGACAAUCUCGACGAAUAUCUUGAGGAACUGCUUAAUCAACCAAAUACACACUUUGUGCUGGAACAGCUGAAGCAUUUGGUCAAAAAGUACAAAAAUUCAAAUAAAUCAUUGGAAUAUGAUUUGAUGCUUAAGGAAAUAUAUGAAUUUCUGACAGAACAAGAAUUGACUAAGGACGAUUUUGCAAUAUUAGAACAAGAAGACAUUGUCCAAACAAAGUCAUCCUUCACAAACAGUUCCAAAGUUUAUAUAGAUUUUAUGCCACAUGUUCCUCAAACAUUACUAGAACCCCACAAGUAUCAGAUAAAUGAGAAAUGGGUUCAACAAAGUAAAAUGAGAAAUUUCUUUGUCAAUAUUGGAUGUAAAGAGACAUUGACGUCUGUAGAUCUCAUAUCUGUGCUAGAGAACAUCAAAGAUUUUCAUACUUUACAAACAAGAUCAGAAAUUAAGGAGAUUAAGAGAGAUUUAAAAUAUGUAACUGAUAUUUUGGGCAUUCUUAAAGACAUGAAAGAAAAAAUAUCUAGUGAAGAGCUGUCACGAAUUUUGUUUCCUGUUCAGACAAAAACCAAACAAUUGGUCUUGAUGCCUGCGUUGCAAUGUACUUACACAGAUGAAAAAUGCAGUGAAUUUUAUGAAGACAUGGACACUGAAGAAGAAGAAGCUGUUAAACUUCACUUUGUACAUGAAAAUAUCAGAGUUGAUAUUGCAGAGUGUUUUGGUGUCCCUUCUUUAACUCGAAGAGAAAUGGAAAAUGGGGGAAUUGAGGAUCUGGAGUAUGAACAGUGGGGACAACAAGAAUCACUCACUACCAGAAUCAAGAAUAUUUUGAAGGAUUACUCAGAUGGACCUCUAUUCAAGGAAAUGCUCCAAAAUGCCGACGAUGCUGGUGCAACCUGCAUGAAAAUACUGUUUGAUGAGAGAAAAAAUGAAGAUGCAAGAACUGGUUUGAUUGACAAAGGAAUGGAAGAGUGUCAGGGACCAGCUCUUUGGUUUUACAAUGAUGCUAAAUUCAAAGAGAAAGACUUUAAGAAUAUCAUUAAACUUGGUGGUGGGACAAAGGGAACCGAGCAUACAAAGAUUGGCAAGUUCGGACUUGGAUUCUGCUCCGUUUAUAGUGUAACUGAUGUACCCAGUAUCGUGAGUGGAAAAUACAUUGUUUUUUUUGAUCCACGAACUAUACAUUUAGGGAAAGCUAUCAAAGACAAAUCUAAGCCUGGUCUACGGAUCCCCAUAUCAAAAAUAGUGAAAAAGUUUAGAAAGCAGUUUAAGCCUUAUGAUAAAAUAUUCCACUGUGAUUUUACAGAAGAGGAUGAAUAUGAAGGAACUCUUUUUCGACUACCUUUGCGCACAGCCAAUCAAGCGUCAGCGGAUCCAAAUGGGAUAUCAACAAAACAGUAUAACAGAGAAGAAGUAAUAUCCGUAGUGAAGAAGUUUAUGGACUCGGCAGGCAACCUAUUGCUGUUUACUCAAAACGUCAAAAAAAUUGAACUUCAUUUUCUUAAUCAAACUGAUGAACCAGAUCAGAACAAGAUACUGUACUCGGUUGAAAAAAGCCAGUGUGAAAAUAUAUUUGACCAGAUGAAAGCAGCUGCUUUUAAAGGAGAGGAAGAAUUCAGUCUGACAUUUCAGUUUGAUGUAAAAAUACAACUGAAUCCAAAUCUCCCUAAAAUAUUGGAUUCAGAGUUUGAAAACGUGACUGGAUCCUCCUCUAGGUGGAUUGUGUCAUGGGCUUCCUUACAAAUGCCUAAAGAUCUUCAGGGACCUCUUCUAGUAGCCAGUACCGCAAUGCCACUGACUUUUUCACUUGGAGUCAGUGAACAGCAGAAUGUGCUUUAUGGAUUUUUUAACACAGGGCACGUGUUUUGUUUUCUGCCCCUUCCACAGGAAAGCCAAAUGAGAGUUCAUCUAAAUGGAAAUUUUGCAGUAGAGCAAAGCAGAAAAAGCAUUGUAGCACCUACCUUGUCAGAAAAUAAAGAGACAAUGGCAAAACGAAAUUAUGCAUUGAUUUCAAACGUACUGUCAAAAGCUUACCUUAGUAUGUUGGAAAAUGUCAAGCUUUCUUCAUCAGCAGAAUACUACACAUUUUGGCCAAUCUCCUGGGAAGGAAAUGUUUUUAAUCCUUUAGUAUCAAAAUUUUAUGCAGAUAUUUGUCAAAAAAAGAUAAAAGUAUUUUUCCGCAAGGGGAAUUCAGGACAGAAAUUUUCUUUGAAAGAGUGCAAAUUUUUGGACAGUUCUCUGCAAAACAAUGAUAAAUUAGGCAAUACAGCAUAUCAAGUUCUUGACUUGUUUAAUCCGUUCCCUGAAAAUAUAAUGUAUAUGCCAUUUGAAAUCCAGGAUGAAUUUAUGAAGCCCAAUUGUAAACCACAUUUUUUGAAACAAAUAUGCAGCGAAGAAAGUUUUUUCUUGAAUGUAUUUCUGAAAAGUCUUAAAAAGAAAUUCUGGGAAUCUGAUGAAAAGAAAAAAAUCCGGAGAAUGCUCUUAAAGCGUAUCUUUAACAGUGGAAAUAAAAAUGUUUUAUCAAAUAUGACAGACAUCAAGUGUAUUCCCACUAAACCAAAUGGACGUCUUCGAAAGCCCACGGAAUUGGUUAAUGAACAUUCUCAUUUACUACAUGACAUGUUCUCUGUUUUGGAUGAAAGGUUUCCAGAAGAUGAACUGGCUGAUGUAAAGAAAACACUGAUAGACCUUGGGAUGAAUGAUGCCAGUAUACCAGAUGAAAUGCUUAUUAAAAGAGUUGGCACCAUAACAAGACAGUCAAAUUUUGAAUUGGCAAAACAACGAUGCAAUGCUAUAGUGAGAUACCUCUCGCAAAAUACUUAUUGUAUACCACAAGCAACUUUUGACAAACUGAAAGACAUUCCAUUUCUUCCUGUUAUGACAAAGCCUAAUGGCUGGCCAUGCAGUUUGUUUUUAACUGAUAAGGGAAAGUUUGCAGCUCCUUCUAAGUUAUACAGGACAAAUUGCAAAUUUUUGAUUGGAAGUGUUAAAGAAAUUCUGGAUGAAUCUGAUUUCAGCUAUUCAAAGGAUGAUUUAUUCUGUAAACUUGCCAUUAAGAGAUUGGAAGAUGUUAAUAAAUCAUUUGUUUUGGAACAACUAGAGAAGAUAGCAAAUUUAGGAAAAGAAAUUAUGAUUACCAAUGACGAGGCAGACAUUAUGAAGAAAAUCUGCAAAAAUGUCUACUGUUUUUUGGACAAGCGUUGUGUGACAAGAGAAUUAGAGAUGUACCAGAGAUCCCCUUGUAUAUUGAUCUCAGUGGAUGCCAUGACUUCCAAGCUGAUGGAACCAUACUUUCUAUCAUUCAACCCCCAGGAUGAUGUUCCUCCAUAUAUUCAUAAAAUUGAUGAAAACUGGUCCAGUUACCAAAAUUUUCUCAAAUGUGUUGGUGUUCAUGACAAAAUAAAACAGAAAAUUAUCAUUGACAUUUUAAAUGGCAUUGAAAUAGUUGUGGGGGGAAAAGUGAACAAUCUUCCUUCUGUUGUCAAAUUGUACAACUUGAUAAAGGACUCUGGAUAUCGUAUGUUGGACAGAAGGCUUCUACCUGACCUUCAUGGUAUAAUGCGGAAACCAGAGGAAAUGUGCUUUGACGAUGGGAAUGAAAAAAUUUCAACAGCCAAUCAUUUGCUUUUUGCGCACUCGGACAUUAAAAUUCCCAUAUGUAAACUCUUCAAAGUGGCUUCGAAAAGUGCCAAAUUUAUCAGGAAAUUUUCUUCCGGUGUCCCCUUUGGACAAAAAGAAAAACUUGUCACAAGAUUGAAACAUAUCCUUGAAGACUAUCCUUGUGACGUUUCUAUUUUAAAUGAACUUGUUCAAAAUGCAGAUGAUGCACAGGCGACUGAAAUUCAUUUUGUUUAUGACAAACGGAGACAUUCAGAAAAAGAAUUAUUUGAUGACUCAAUGAAAUGUAUCCAAGGACCAGCUCUUGUUGUUUACAACAAUUCCUGUUUCUCGUCGAAGGAUAUCAAUGGUAUAUCUAAACUAGGUGAAGGAAGCAAAUCUUCCGAUCCACAUCAAACGGGUCAGUUUGGAAUAGGAUUCAAUGCUGUUUAUCACAUCACAGAUGUUCCAUCAUUUUUGACUAAAGGAACAAAAACUCCAAAUGGUGGAUCCUUUAUAAUGUUUGACCCACAUUGUAAAUAUGUGCCAAACGCCACAUCAGAGGACCCUGGAUUGAGAGUGGAUGACCUCAAAUUGAUCAAAGAAAAUUAUUCUGGGGUUUAUAAUACUUACUUACAAAAAGAGCUUCCGGCAGACUCAGGAACAUGGUUUCGGUUUCCUUUACGAACAAAAGAAAUGGCCAGGGUAUCCGAAAUCAGUACACAGGGAGAAAUUGAGGACAGCCAUAUGUUAAAAAUAUUAGAAUCAUUUCAGAAAGAAAUGUCUAAAUCUCUGCUGUUUUUAAAAAACCUCAAAUGCAUAAAAUUAUCAGAAAUAGAUGAAAGUGGUGAUAUGUUAACCCUUGGUGAAGUUGUAGCAUUUGUUCAAGAAGAGGACUCAAAAAGAAUUAAAGAAUUUCAUAUGAAAUGUAAGAAGGCACAUCACUUAAUGCUGGAAGGCAAUCUUGAUUUAGGUGCCAGUCCAGGCUUCUCUUGUGGUUAUUGUAUUAAAUUAAGAGGAAAAGCCGGAGAAAAGCAAUGGCAUGAGGAUUGGGCUAUAUCAAAUGUGUUUGGGACAAUGAAAAAAACUGUUGUUAAAGAUGUAUUGAAAAAGGGUUACAAAAAAAGAAGAAUUAACCUUCUGCCAAGAGCAGGUGUAGCAGCAUGUUUGAGACAAACAUCAAAUGAAGACGACCAACUGUCUGGAGAGUCUAUAAACCCUGAUGAAACUUUGAUCGAAACAAUGCGGGCAUUUUGCUUCUUGCCUUUGCCACAUCCAACUGGUCUUCCUGUUCAUAUCAAUGGUCACUUUGCACUUGAUUCUAAUCGAACUAAUAUCUGGACAGAGGAUAAGGCGUCCGUAAAGGGCUCUUGGAAUGAAUUGAUAUUAAACGAGGUUUUACCCUUUGCAUACAUUUCUGCCAUACAAUUCCUAAAGCAAUUGUUAUUCUCCAAUAAAUCCUUACAUAGUGAUUGUGUUAAGAAAUAUAACAAUUAUUUCCCAGUCAUGAAACAUAUCAAAGAUGACAUAUGGAAAAAGACAGUCGGAAUGUUUUACGUGAAAGUGUUAGCAAGUGAAGUCAAUCUGUUUCCUAUGUUGUUAGAUAAAGAGACUUUUGAAUCCAUGAAAAGCACAGAUUGGAUUCUAGCCAUCGGAGCAGUUCUGGAUAGAGAAAAUUCAGCUGUUGUGUUUGUCCCAUUAAUAUCAAAACAUCAACAUUUUCCUGCAUAUUUUGAAAAAUUUAAUGAUGAAUCUGAAAACAAAGAAAAGUUACCUAACUCACAAGACCACACAAGUGAAAGUGACUGCAGUUAUGAAAGUUCAUUGAAAAUAUCUCGCAGUCAUCAGAAUACCAAGCAACUCGCACAAAUCCUGAAAGUGUUAGGAUUGAAACUUUUGUGUUCUUCGUCAGAUGUACUGGAGAGUAUUCAAAUUUCACUGAUGUAUAAGAAACAGGAUAGUCCUACUUUGCAAAAUUUUUCACCGAAAGCAGUGGAAAUUGGAGAUAUUCUUGAUUUUCUCCAGUCAUGGAAUAGCAAACAUGUCGACAAGUGUAGAAUAGACAAACUUCCAAUGGACAUACAGAAUACUGUGUUUAAAGACAGGUCGAAAGUAAAGCUGCUUCUAGCAUUCUGUUUUGAGAGUAGAGAAGAUAUAAAUGACUUUGAAGGGAUUCCAUUGUGUGUGUUGGAGAAUGGGUUAUUGACUUGUUUUUUAAAAUCCUCUCCAAAGAUAGCGUCAAAGUUUUGUCAUCUACUUGAACAUUCAAAGGACAAUUUUGUUUGCAAAAGCCUUGUACCAAUCUUAGGAAAGCAAUUUUGUCCUGGAGUUAUUCAAUUAACCAUAAAACAUUUUGCUGAACUUUUGCGCAAUAACAUACCCAGCCUCUACUGUAGUAAUGAGCCAAUAGAAUGGAAAGGGGGUAUUGACAGUCAAUGGCUAAAUGAUUUUUGGGAGUUUCUUUCCACAUUUCAUUAUAAGGAAGCUGUGGAAGAUUGCAAAAGGUAUUUGUCUGACUGGUGUCUCAUUCCAACAGAGAACAGGAGAGGGAUAAAGUAUCUAUAUCCCUUUCAGUUGGCCUAUGCUGUUGUAACAAGUGAUUUCAAUUGGGAAGAUAAAAAUAUAUUAGGACUGAUAUUAAGUCUUGGAUUUCCCAAACUUAAAAUUCAUACGCAGUUCGAAGUUCAAAAACUUUCAGCUUUUUUAUGUGCCUCAGAGUCAGCACCAAAACAUAUCUUGGCUAUGUUUUGUCAUCAUAAAGAUCUGUACUGUAAAAGUAUUGGCAUUUCAGAAGCUCAUCAAGUGCUGUCUUUUUUACUAGCCAAAUUGCACAAAGACGUUAAAAGUCGAGAUUCAGUGAUUCUGAACAAUUUUCGUAAUACAUGCUUAUUUGAAACCCUUGAUGGACAUGUCACUGAUAUUGCAAUGAAAAAGGUGGUUACUCUUAAGGAUGAAGACAGUUUUCCUAAAACCGGCCUUAAUACUUGGUGUGAAGAACUAGGAAUUAUCAUUCUGAAAAAGAAAGAUUUGCUUGAAGAUUUUGAAAUAAGAUAUGUGUCUCAAGAAGACUUUUAUGCAGAUAUCUUCUUAAACAAGGCAAGUGUGCUUGACAUCUCUACAGUUAUAGAGCACAUGGAGCACAUAAUGAAUACAAAAUUAUAUCUUGGAUGUAGACACCAGGAAAUGAAGGAAUUGAUCUCCGAUAUAGCUUGGAUUGAAAAUGAACUUACUGGUAAUUAUCAAAAAGCAAGAGAAUUUUAUUCACCUCAUGUGGAAGUCUGCAGACUUCUGUGUUCAUCGGAAGAUUUGUUACCAGAAAAAAUGCACAAUAUGAAAUGGAAAAAUUUCUUAGAGUUUUUGGGAUUAAAGACGGAAGUUCCGUUUUCCCUCCUUUUAGAGUUUGGAAGAAAGAUUGCGAGUUACUCUACUGCUUCAAAGUUAGAUGUCACAACUAAAAACAAGUCGGAGGUUCUAGUGGCAUAUAUUUCACAACAGAAAUUGAAAUGCACGGGAUUUGAAACGUUCGUGCGUCAAUUUAGAAAAAUCAAAUGCGUACUUCCAUUCCGUGUGCCUGAAAAGUUGUUAAGCAUUAUACCUCAGUCUAACAAAUGUUCACUUAUUUGUUUUGAAGGCUCGGUAUUGUCAUCAAUGUGGGAUAUAUCGUGGUCUUGCUGUAGCAUUGUUCCAAUGUCGAAAGUAAACGGUAUAAACUACGAUAUUCUAGGAGUAAAGUCUAAACCAGAUGUAGUUGAUGUGAUAAGCCAUAUCCACAAUCUUUGCUCUCACUUGCAGACUUCGUUGUAUUCUGGAAAAUUUAAACUAAUGAAAAAUGUGUAUGAAAACUUAGAAACAUACCUUGAACUUUCUAGCAAACCUUUGAUAGAAGAGCUGAAGCAAGGACUGACAGAAACACCAUUCGUAUAUGAUGUAUCUGCAAACAAAUUUCGUCGACCCUACGAACUUGCCUUACUCAUAGAUACUGGGAAAUGUGUUGAUGAUUAUCUCUGCAAGGGUCCUGAGAAGUAUGGCAAUUUCAACGAUUUGUUCAGGAAAAUUGGUGUUUAUGAUCAACCAAACUUUUAUCAUUACUUGCGUAUAUUUUUUUCCCUACAUCUAAAAAUAUCUUCAAACAGAAUGGCACCAAGAGAAUUGGAAACUGCUAGAAAAGCUUUCACUGGAUUACUGGAGUCUCUUUGUCUUGAAAACUGCGAUCAUUCUCAACUUCCACAAUUAGUAGAUUUGUAUUUGCCUUCAGAAAAUGACGAACUCAUUCUUUCAACAGAUAUCGUACUUUGUGAUCGUCCCUCUUUCAAACAGAGAAUAAUGAAAACUUGCAAGAUGAAGUUUUUGCGAACAAAAACUUUCCUUGACAUUAGAAUUUUAGAAAAUUUACCUGCACGCUUCAAACCAAAGUUGUUGUCGGAGCUGUUCACUGAGCAAGUCGAAAAAGGUCCAGAUUGUGAGAAUGAUCAGAUAAUAUCAAGGAUUAGCAAAGUGUUCCAUUCAGAUGCGUUUUUCAAUGGAAUUUGGAGGUAUGUGCAAAAGAAAGCAUCUCUCCCUUUAAAAGACAAAAGGAAACAGAGAAUGAGACAGGCGUUUCAGAGUACACGAAUAAAAAAAGUGUCAUGGAUUAGAACGAUCCUUAUGGAUAGCAGUGGCCAAGUUGUUUCCACAUCAAAAGAGAAAUCUGUUUAUUAUGAAAGAUCAGAGGGAAGAAUAAUACUAUACGUAAAAUCAAAGCCGAUCAAUUCAUUUGAUAAAUGUUUCGAAGAAUGGAAAGAAAAAAUGUGUCAAAUUGUAUGUUGGUGUGCAGAAGGCCUGCUUUCAAAGGAUCAGUUUAAGUUCAUCCAGGAACUAUUGAAGUCCGAGUCGGAUGAUGAAAUAAUGGAAAUCUGUAAGGAACAUGAAGUUGAAUUAGAUGCAGAUAACUGGCUACCAUCUCCAGGGACUAGUAUACCUGUUGGCCUGCAUGACACACUUGACAACACAUUUUGCGAAUUUUCUGAAGGAGAAAUUGCUGCAUAUGAAAGAAUUGACCCCUUGGCAGACAAUGACAGCAGUGAAGAUAUAAAAAUGUUUGAAUCAGAGUUUAUAUAUGUUCGCAUAAUCGAAAAAGAAAAAUCCACAUCUGAGAUGUUUCCUACAUAUAUUGUGUUCGACGGAGAAAAUGAUAUCAAAGUAUGUUCAGUGCGAUUGUUUAAAUUUGUUCGCAAAACUGAAGAACAAUCCAAAGAACUUGAGCUAUUUAGUGCUGACAGAAUUCAGAUAUCAGAUACUAGUUUGGAUGCAAUAAAAGCUGAUAUAAAACGAAGAUUGAUUGCUGCCUGGAAAUUGACCAGAACUGAUAGAAGGGCUGUUAUCAAAAGGUUGUUACUUCAGUGGCAUCCUGAUAAAAACCCAACAAACGUAGAUCGGGCAACGGAAGUGACUCAGUUCAUCCUUGAUGUGAUAAUGAAGUUAGAGCGUGGAGAAAUAGGACAAGAGAGCUAUUCCGCUGGAUAUAGUGCCAGCUCCACCUCUCAUCAUUAUGGAACUUCAAAUAAAUGGAAAGUUUUUCAAGAACAAGUCAGCAGAUGUAACAUCAGAAGAAGAGAGAGACAUUAUGUUUACACAACAUGGGCUUCUGGUGGUAGCUAUGCACGGCCUCAACGUCCACCCAAUCCCCAACCGGCUGUUGGUCUGCAGUGGAUCAAACAAGCCAAAUACGACAUCAUUGCAGCAAAUCAGCAGCUUAUGUCCUUUUCGAACCCAAGGGACAGAAGUGGUGAACAGAGUAGUUCACGGAAUGAGGACGCUGUGACUUCAUGGAAUUGGAUUUGUUACAAAGCUCACCAGUCGUGUGAGAAAGCACUGAAAGCUGCCUUGUACAGCAUGGAUGCUAACGUUGCUUCAGACUACCAGACUUCUCACGACCUGUCAUCCUUGUCGUCUGCUCAUUCAUCAUUGUCAGGAACACCGUUGUCUGCCAUAGUCUCUAGGUUCUCCAACGAAAUCACCGGACAACACACUGCGAUGAGGUACCCAGCAGGUGGACGUUUACCUGGGGAUUCCUUUACACGUGAACAGGCGGAGAAAGCCGUUCACAUAGCUCAACAGGUAUUGGAGGAAUGCGAAAACUCUGUUUCUUGAUUGGGUAAUUAUCCACGUUAUCGAAUGAAUGAAUGUUCAUGUUGUGUAUAUAUUUUUUUAUUAAAACUGAUGGAGGUUAAAGAGCAAAACAUCAACGAUGGAUUUUGAGGCAAAACAGUGUUUCAUAAUAGGAUUGUUACCAUACACACAGUUGAAUGAUAAUGAUCUCGAUAUUAACUAUUGUGUUUAUAUUAACUAUGUGUGAUUCGUCAUUUAUCAAUGAUGAAUUUCUGUUACUUAUAUUGAGUAUUGUGAAAUCUAUUUUUCCUUUUUAGUGGAUUGCUUUGUUAAAACGUAAUGGAAAUGACAUUGGUGUAAAUAUAGAAUAUCAAGAAUAUUUACAAUGAUGUUGUUGUUUUAUGUCAUUAAAAAAUAUUAAUACAAGACGUAAAUUUAUAUUAGUUUUUUGUGCAUAUAAGACAUUUCAGUGUUUUGUAAUUGCAUAAUUUCGUAUUGUCAUGAUAAGAGGAUUUGGAGUUGCCUAUGUUUUAUUGUGUAUAACAAGCUGAUCGUCUUUAUAGUUGUGUUAUAUGUUUCAUCAUCUUAAGUUUCUUGGUUUUGUUUUAUGACUUAACAUCCUUAGUUCCGAAUGGUAGAGUAUACUAUUGAUUAUUUAAUUAGAUAUAUUUGCUAAGAUCCCACCUUGAACCUUGAUUUGUUUAUAGUACUAAUAUUAGUGUGCGUUUAUGAGGCAUCAUACAGAAAGAGUUGGUAAAUGGUAGAUUUACAAUAAACCUUGUUAUAUACGUUUUUCAAUAAGUUUAACAAGCAACAUUGUUAAAAAUAAAUGUACUUUGAAGGAACGUCUUCAAUGCAUUGGAUGUUGGUUGAUAUAAUCGGUUGAUAAUCAAAGUUUACAAGAUUUUUAUUUGUUUGACGAGUUGAAUUUGGUGUAAAAUAUUGUAUUGUGUGGAUUAGUUUUGUGAAUUGCUGUAGUAUUCUGAAGAUUUAUAUAUUUGUUGUUAAUUUUGCAGAGCUUUUUUAUAAUUUGUGUUGAUUGAAGAAAUUGCUUAAUAUUAGAAAUGACUCAUUUGUAGUUUAUAUACACUCAACACUGUUAAUGAGCUAAAAAUUUACAGUAAGAAAUGUAUAAAUAUUAUUAAGAUGAUAAUAAUUAGUAUUUAGAUUUGGUACAUGUACAUUGUACUUUUCUAGUGGCGUGUUUGAAUAAAAUCAUUCUGUAGAAUAAAAAUUGUUGAACUUUC